AUGCCUAAUGGCCCAGUUCAUGAACAAUCUCAUCAUUCACCUAGACUGUCUCAUCAUAUCAUCUCAAAUGCUCAACUGCACGACUCUCUCACCAAGUUCUGGGAACUUGAAGAAGUUCCAGAGUCCUGCAACGAAACUCUCACCGUCGAGAAAGCUGAGUGUGAAGCUCACUUCCUAUCAACUCAUUCUCGAGAUGCAUCAGGACGAUACAUCGUCCGUCUACCAUUCAAAUCAUCAUAUCAGAAGCUAGGUGAAUCUCGUCAUAUUGCGCAGCGCUGUCUCGACCGUCUCAUGAAGCGUCUUUCUCAAAACCCAGAACUUCAAGGUCAAUAUACUGCUUUUCUCAACGAGUAUGAAUCACUUGGACACAUGACUCGAGUCUCAUCUACAUCGCCUGAACCUUCUCAUGUAUAUUAUUUACCUCAUCAUUGCGUUGUUCGCGAAGACAGCGAAAUCACAAAGUUGAGAGUCGUGUUCAAUGGAUCAAGCAAGACAUCAUCAGCCAGCUCUCUCAAUGAUCAUCUGCAUAUCGGCCCAAGCCUUCAAGCAAAGAUCUGUGAUGUACUGCUGUACCUCAGAAGUCACAGAUUCAUCUUCUUGACAGACAUUGUUAAGAUGUUUCGUCAAAUUCUCAUCCACCCUGAUGACAGGGACUAUCAGCGCAUCCUCUGGACAGAGAAUGGUCUCACUGUGGCUUAUCAACUCAACACCGUCACAUAUGGCACUAGACCAGCACCAUAUCUUGCUGGCAGAGCUCUCAAACAACUUCUCAUCGACGAAGGGUCUCAAUAUCCACUAGCAGUGGAACCCUUUCAAAAAGGCAGCUACGUCGACGACAUCGGCGGCGGUGCCGACAAUCUCAGCGAUCUCAACAGCAUGGCAAACAAUGUCGAGGCACUUUGCAAUUUAGGUUGCUUUCCACUAGCUAAAUGA